AUUGAUCUACUUCCGGAAAGAUGCGACUGUAUGCCUUCUCGAUAUGUGUAUGGGUUACCUGUAUGUUGUUUAUGUCACCCUGUAUGUCUGACGAGAUGUGUCAGGCGACAGAAGACACAGGAGGAGAGAGCUGUACCUCAGAACCACAGCAGAAAAUUGAUGAUAAUAAGUAUACGCAAUCAUCUAAUGUGAAAUGGAAGAAGUAUCUGAAAAAGAUUGAUAAGGCUGUGGCAGAUCACACAGAAUGUAGUUCAGAUAUCUGUUCAUGUCACCAAGAGGUGAUUAGUAAUGACCUCCGAGUAUGGGAAGAAAAACCUGGUGGAAUUACGAAGGACAUGAUCACUAAAUCUAUAGACCGGGGGGUGCACUACCAGAUCAUCAACCAUAAACUUUACCGUGAAGACAAAUGCAUGUUUCCUAACAGGUGUUCAGGCGUGGAACAUUUUAUCCUCCUCAUUAUUAAAAAAUUACCUGACAUGGAGAUGUUGAUAAACGUGAGAGAUUGGCCCCAGUCAUCCAGACAUGCUCCACCUAUACCGAUCUUAUCCUUCAGUAAAGUGAUGACUGAACAUUGGGAUAUUAUGUACCCCGCCUGGACUUUCUGGGAGGGAGGCCCAGCUGUCUGGCCGAUUUAUCCAACAGGACUGGGACGCUGGGACGAACAACGAGAAAUUAUUCCAAGGGAAGCGAAAAAGUGGCCAUGGACAGUUAAACUGGACAAAGGCUAUUUCCGGGGAUCUCGUACCAGUGCAGAGCGAGAUCCACUUGUACUCUUGUCUCGGAAACGUCCAGACUUAGUGGAUGCCCAAUAUACAAAGAACCAGUCAUGGCGCUCCAAGGAGGACACGUUGGGCGAGGAUCCAGCUAAAGAAGUACGUUUAGAGGAUCAUUGUCAAUAUAAAUACCUGUUUAAUUUUCGAGGAGUUGCAGCCAGUUUUCGACUGAAGCAUCUCUUUCUCUGUGAUUCGGUUGUAUUUCAUGUUGGUGACGAAUGGCUGGAGUUUUUUUACCCUGCUCUGAAACCAUGGGUCCAUUAUAUACCGGUCAGACAGGAUCUGACCGAUGUCCAAGAUUUGUUGGAGUUUGCCAGACAGAAUGAUGCUGUUGUACAAGGAAUAGCUGAAAGAGGACGAAAAUUUAUAUGGGAUCAUCUGGAAAUGGAGGAUAUUUCAUGUUAUUGGGAAAAACUUCUGAAAAGAUAUGCCAAGCUUUUAGAAUAUUCUCCCAAAAGGAAGAAGGAGUACAAACAAAUCAAACCAAAGACAUCCUAACACUACACAUACAGUCCAUAUGUAUAUGUUUGAGCAGAGUCAUCUGGAGUGCCGUUAUGGACGGAAUUUCAUAACAAUAGCUGUGUAAAAACUUGGUACAUUUAUAGAUAAUUACCAUCAGUGGUAGAUUUGAUGGCUGAUAUUUUAAACAAUAAAACCUCUCUAUAUUGCUGCUUACAAAAGUUGGCAGUUUAUCGACGCUCUAUGGGACCAAGAUUGUGUCGUAUAUGACAGUGUUUCGGUGGUGAAGUCAGUAUCAGCAGUGUCAAUGGAGCUUAUCACCGUUUUUUCUGGACAUGGUCAGAUGAUACAGGAUGUCGUUGAAGUCAGUGGUCGGUAAAGUCAGGUUUCAUUGUAUAAUGACCUUGCGACAAAGUUUGCUGGACAAAUUUGUGAUGUUUUCGUUAUAAGGAUUGUCACCCACUGGGUAAAAGAUAACAGCUAGUACAUAAAGUGAUCAGUUUAAUUGAACAAAAGGUGGCAGUAUAAAGAAAUGGCACUGUACAUUAAUUUUAAUAUUUAAUACAAAUGUUGUGAAUCCACUCAUUAUUAGGUUGGAAAGCACAUAUCUACAGUUUUUGAUUUAGAGAAAGUACAUGUAUAUUUAUUUCUACAAUUUACCUCUUCAGAGCAAAGAAUAAUGUUAGUGAUGCAAAUGAUUUGAUAGAACAAGUUUGAUAUAAUUUGUGAAAUAUUGAAUUAACCUACAAUAUGUAUGUACGGUUGUGAUGUCAGCUAUAGUAAUUUGUGAUGUUAGUAGAAUUGUCACCAACAUAAAGUGAUUUAUAAAAGAUUUAAAAAAUGUAAAUUUAUACAUUUGGAGAUGAUUUGUCACCAACAUAAAGUGAUUUAUAAAAUAUUUAAAAAAUGUAAAUUUAUACAUUUGGAGAUGAUUUGAUAUUUAAUCAUCUUGUAUCUAAACAGAAAUCUAUCUAAUAUUCUGUAUACCUUUAUACCUUAGAAUUAGUAUUGUAUGAGGAAAUCCAGAUUUAAGAGGACUUAUGCACGCAAUUCAUGUUUUAUGUAAAUUUACCUUAGAUAAAUAUAACUAAAUACACAACAGUAUAGUUUGGUACUGUUUGUCUUAUCUUUAUGGCAGCUCGUGUUUCUAAAAUCAAAAUUGCUAUGCAAAUGUUUUAGAUUUCUAGUAAUAUAUCUGAUAUACAAGACUGUGCAGUUUUAUGUGACAUACUGACAGGCUAAAAUAUGUUCUUAUUGUUUCCAACACAUAAUUUUGUUACUAUAAAAUCUAUAGGAAUGAUAUGUAACUUGAUUUUUAUUUUUUUUUUAAGUUAUACAAAUACAUGUAGGGAGG